AUGACAGGUCUUGUUGGUUUCGUAGGACUUGGUAAUAUGGGAGCCUUCAUGGUAAAAAAUUUAAUGAAAAAUGGAAAAAAAGUUAUUGUAUAUGAUUUAAAUAAAAAGGUACUUGAACAGUUUAAAAAUCUUGGUGCUGAGGUAGCAAAACAUCCAGCUGAUAUUACAGCUGCCUCAAAAUUAGUUGUUACAAUGGUUCCAGAAGGAAAAGAUGUCAAAAAUACCUUUACUGCCGAUAAUGGUCUUUUAAAAAAUAAUCAAUCAGGAACUCUUUACAUUGAUUCCAGUACCAUUGCUCAAACUGAUGUUUUUGAAAUUGCCAAAAUUGUUGAAGAAAAUAACUCAACAUUUGUUGAUGCACCAGUUUCUGGUGGUGUUACAGGUGCUGAAAACGGAACUCUGACAUUUAUGGUUGGAGCAAAUAAGGAAAACUAUGAAAAGGCAUGUAAUUUAUUAAAACAUAUGGGAAAGAAUCUCAUUUUCUGUGAAAAACUUGGAAAUGGUCAAGCCGCGAAAAUUUGUAAUAAUAUGCUUCUUGCUAUUCAAAUGAUUGGUGUCUCAGAAACAAUGAAUCUUGGUAUUAAAAUGGGUCUUGAUGCUAAACUUCUUGCAUCAAUUAUUAAUACUUCAACUGGAAGAUGUUGGUCAAGUGAUACUUAUAAUCCAGUUCCGGGUGUCAUUGAGGGUGUACCAUCCAGUAGAAAUUAUCAAGGAGGUUUUGGAAAUAUGCUAAUAGCAAAAGAUUUAGGUCUUGCUCAAGCAGCAAGUACCUUAACAAAAUCUCCUACUCCAAUGGGUUCAUUGGCUCAUCAAUUUUAUAGGAUUUUAGCUAAAGAUAAAGAUUUUAAAGGAAAAGAUUUUUCAUCAGUUUACCAAUAUUUGAAAGACCAAUAA